CUUUUGCGUUGCGUUGAGUCUUUCGUAGAAACAGAGAGACAGAGAAAGAGACGGGCUACUCCAUUUUCUUGAUAAUUCUGUCAAACCCCUCCUUCAUUUUCUUCUUUUUCUUUUGUCGAAUUACGAUUUUUCUUCUCUUAUAAAUUGUUGAUCUUGAUCCAUCAAUCGAUCACUGUGAUGGCUACCACCGGCAACAAGAAUAUCAACGCUAAGUUGGUGCUUCUUGGUGAUGUUGGAGCUGGAAAGUCUAGUUUAGUGUUGCGCUUUGUUAAAGGGCAAUUUAUUGAAUUUCAGGAAUCAACCAUAGGUGCUGCCUUUUUCUCACAAACAUUGGCUGUAAAUGAUGCAACUGUAAAAUUUGAGAUUUGGGAUACAGCAGGUCAAGAGAGAUAUCAUAGCUUAGCUCCUAUGUACUACCGAGGAGCUGCUGCUGCAAUAAUUGUGUAUGAUAUUACAAACCAAGCCUCAUUUGAGCGAGCGAAAAAAUGGGUCCAAGAACUUCAAGCACAGGGAAAUCCAAAUAUGGUCAUGGCACUGGCUGGCAACAAAGCAGAUUUGCUAGAUGCGAAAAAGGUGGAAGCAGAGGAAGCACAAGCAUAUGCUCAGGAGCAUGGCCUUUUCUUCAUGGAAACCUCUGCAAAAACUGCAGCCAAUGUCAAUGACGUCUUCUAUGAGAUAGCUAAAAGGCUACCUCGAGUGCAGCCGGCACAGAACUCAUCAGGAAUGGUUCUUAUGGAUAGACCUGCAGAAAGGGUUGCAAGUACAUCUUGUUGCUCUUAAAAGACCCAGGGAACUUUUGCACGUUGCCUGCGCAGCCUUUGUGAUGCACAGUUGAAAUCAAUGUUCUAGUUAUCAAGUUUGGCUGUGGGUGUACAACUCAUUCUGAACUGUACAUGCAUGUUUGUUGAUGCUGUAUUUACUGGCCGUAAAUGAUUGUGGAUAUUGUGUUAUGUAACUAAUGGUGUGUUAUGCUUUAGUUUCAGUUGCAAAUUAACAGGGUUCAGUUGCCAGUAAUACUUUUUUUUGUUUUUUUGUUUUUUAAAAAAAUGAUUCAGUAAAACAUUUCCAUUGAGAAGCAAACAUGAUUAUAAGCUUACAAUACAUGUGACA